CCACACUUCAGACAAGUUUGUUUGUUUUUUGAUCUGUUUUUUUGGAUUGGUUUUCGAAUUCCCCGGCCCGUUCUGAUCCCAACCGUGUCCACGAAGAUGCGCCUGUGCCCGCUGGCCGUACUCCUGCUGCUCGGCUGCCUGCACGUGCUAAUGGCCUGCAACCAUUGGGUGCUGCGCGAGGAGCAGAUCGUCCCGAAACUGGACUCGCCCUUCCACAUGCGCGAGCCACACAAUUUGGCGGCAUUUCUGGAGCAGAUCCGGUACAGUGAGUACGUGGAGCGUUCGUAUCUCGAUUUGUUGCGCAAACGGGAGCAGAUAGUGGAGCAUUUGCGUUUCUCCAUGCGCUUCGGCGAGGACCUGGCCGAGCAGGCCAAAUGCGCCAUGGACUACUACAUGCUGGAGAAGCGCAUGUCUUAUCUGAAGAUCACGCCCGAGCAGCUGAAGCGGAUCAAUCUGCCGGAUCAGCGGGAGCUGCACAUCCAGCAGAGCACCUCGACGACGCUGGGCAAGGAGCCGGUGUGCAGCGAUUAUCAUCGCAUGACUGUCGGUCCGGCCAUGUACGAUCAUUUGGAGAGCUUCCGGCCAGAGGUAUUGGCCGCCGCUUAUGUGGACAGAGAACACGAUACCAAUGUGGGCACGGCCACCGUUGAGCUGACCCGCCGCUUUGCCGUGGACGGACUGAAGCAUCAUCCGGCGUCGUGGAAAUUUCACACUUUGAGCUCCUACUACUGGCGGAUGCGGGGCAAUGCCAGGGAGGCCUUGCCCUGCGCUCGCUUGGCCGCUUUGCUGGCACCGCCCAUCUUCAAGGACAUACCGCUGCUGAGUUUGGGCACCAUACUCUUCCGGAUGGGCCGGCUGGCCGAUGCGGAUCUCAUACUUACCGCCGCCGUGGAGCAUGCACCCAUGGUGGCCGAGAACCAUGUGGUGCUAGCCUCGGCGCUGGCCAUGAAGCAUGACUUUAAUCGCUCGCUGCAGCACUUCGACGAGGCCGAGCGGUUGGAUCCCAGCACUCUGCCGCGCACCCAGCAGGUGCGAAACUUCAUCAGCUGCUUGGAGAACCUCACCAAGAAGACCUCCAAGAUGUACAGCUACGUGAAGUACAUGAAGAACGAGGUGAAGGAGUUCAAGAAGCUGAAGCAUCACAUCUCCCAGAGCCACGAGCGUUUGAUUCAGCAACAAUUGCCGCUGGGAGCACGCCGCCUGCUUGGUUUGGAUCCCCAAACCGGCAACGAUGACCUCCAUAGGCGUGGCCAGUAUUGCAGCACGCGAACGCCCAGUGGAUCCGAUGAGCCGGUGCUCUUCUGUGACUUUUACUCGGACAUGCAGAUGCGGCUGGAGAGCAAGGAUGUGGACAUUGAUGUGCUGGAGCGGGACCUCAAGGCCAAUACGGAUGCGGUCAUACGGCAGGUGUCCACCGAGAUACGCAAGCAGUUCAAUCUGGAGCAGCUGAAGGCAGCCAAGGCCCAGAUGCCGGCCAAGGCGGUCAAGGCCACGUAAGGUGAACCGCAAACCAGGUGAACUGGCGCACAUUCCCUAAGAAAAAGAAAAACUUAAGAUGAACCACUGUUUGGGUCACAAAUUA